GGGAAGCAGGAAGGGCUGGGCGGAGGGCAGCUGGGCGUUGAGGAGUCGGCGACUGCUGCAGCGGCUCGCGCCAUGUCCGCGCGCAACCGGGGCACGGAGCUGGAUUGUUCCACAUUUUGCCAAUGGGAGCCCCUUCAGCCUGGCUUCUCUUUCUUUUUGACAUGACCAUUCCUUGUCCAAGUGGUACUCUCCCACCGCCGGCUGGGUCAACCAAAGAUGUCUCCAGACUGAACCUCUGCUUUAGCGUCAAUCUCACAUCUCCCCUUAAUCUACUAAGAGUUUUUGUAAGCCAACUGGAGGAGCCUACUCUGACCUUCCCUUUCUCUGAACUUGACUUACUGUCCAGCCAGUGUGAUCAGGUUGGAGGCGCUACAGAGGAAGGAGUGGAUCUUCCGUCUUCCCUGCACCCGACAGGCAUGCAUACAUCAGGCUUUGGAUGCUUUCCUAUGGAACCUGAGGCUCUGAACCUUAGCUGGAUCUCCAAAAUGCAAGUGAAUCAACCCGCAGUUCUGAGGCGUGCACAACAAAUCCAGGCACGCAGAACCGUGAAAAAGGAGUGGCAAGCUGCUUGGCUCCUGAAAGCUGUUACCUUUAUAGAUCUUACUACACUUUCGGGUGAUGACACAUCUUCCAACAUUCAAAGGCUCUGUUAUAAAGCCAAGUACCCAAUCCGGGAAGAUCUCUUAAAAACUUUAAAUAUGCACGAUAAAGGCCUUACGACCGCUGCUGUUUGUGUUUAUCCCGCGCGGGUGUGUGAUGCGGUGAGAGCGCUGAAGGCUGCGGGCUGUACCAUCCCAGUGGCUUCGGUGGCCACUGGCUUUCCAGCUGGACAGACUCAUUUAAAAACACGAUUGGAAGAGAUCAGAUUGGCCGUAGAAGAUGGAGCUACAGAAAUCGAUGUGGUGAUUAACAGGACCUUGGUGCUGACAGGCCAGUGGGAAGCCCUGUAUGAUGAGAUUCGUCAGUUUCGCAAGGCCUGUGGGGAGGCUCAUCUCAAAACCAUCUUAGCAACAGGAGAACUUGGAUCUCUUACUAAUGUCUAUAAAGCCAGUAUGAUAGCAAUGAUGGCAGGAUCAGAUUUUAUUAAGACCUCUACCGGAAAAGAAACGGUAAAUGCCACUUUCCCGGUAGCUAUAGUAAUGCUACGGGCCAUUAGAGAUUUCUUCUGGAAAACUGGAAACAAGGUAGGCUUUAAACCAGCAGGAGGCAUCCGAAGUGCCAAGGAUUCCCUUGCUUGGCUCUCUCUCGUAAAGGAAGAGCUGGGAGAUGAAUGGCUGACGCCAGACCUCUUUCGAAUAGGUGCCAGUACUCUGCUUUCGGACAUCGAGAGGCAGAUUUACCAUCACGUGACUGGAAGAUACGCAGCCUAUCAUGAUCUUCCAAUGUCUUAAAUCAGCAACCAGUUCCAGAAAAGUUCUUUACAGCAACGUUUAAAAUACGAGGGACUGAGGCACAGAGAGCUGAAGCAACUUGACGAAGAUCACAGAGCUCCCCAUCGGCAGAGUCAAGAAGCAAGCCCAGGCCGACAGAGCGUGUGCGGUCCCCCGGGGUGUGCACCACUGUCCCUCAGCACACGCAGGCUCAUCAUCAGAGCUCACUGUCCGCUCUGGGGAAUGGUUGUCUGCUUUGUGGGCUACUCGUUCCUUGGCUCCCUGUCCCUCCCAGUGUUCCCCGUCUGCCAUUUUUGCUUGCUGGCACCUCUCCCGCAUGAUAGAACCUACGUUUUCUUAAAUGGGGAUUUUCAUGGAGCGAGUCUGUAACUACUCAUAAGUGGGAAACCCCAAACUGGGCGUCCAUUUUGGUUUCACUCUCUGAUUGCGGGAGGGUAGCCAGCCUCUUCCUCGUUCUAGCCCUGUGACCUUGGUUCAGUCAGUUCACAUCUCUGGACCUCAGCUUCUUCAUCUGUAAAAGAGAGGGGUUGGGCAGGCGCUAUCAAGGCCCUUUCAGACCUAAAAUUAUAUUACCCUAAGGAUAAUUAUAACAAAUUCUAGAAGAUGUUUUAUGGCUAUAAAGAGAAAACACUUUUGUAGCAAUCUAAAUUAGAAUUUGCCUCUCGGGAAUCAAUUAGGCAAGUCCCCAAAGCAUCUCUCCAACUGUAAAUGAAAUGACUAAAAUAAGAAGGGAGAAGAAGUCCUGCUUUCCCCCAUUCCCUUAGCAGAAAGCUGACACUUGACUUACACCUUUGGAUACGGUCAGUAGCUCCGAAUGCCAUAUCUACCCUCAUAACAUGGCAGCCCAUGUGCCCAUAGCACAAUGGCCAGUCACCUUUAGAGAAGAAACUUUGCAGAAAAAUAAUUGCAUUCUAUCACCUUUGAAGCUAUUCCAAUUUCACAGGGGUUUCUGUUUUCCUCCCAUUAAACCCAGCUGGUCAUUUUAGUUGAUCAAGUGAAGAGGCAUCAUUAUCUUCAAUUCUAAUUUAUAUGAGGCAUCCACUGAAAUUGACCCCUGCGGACAAUUAUAGAUUCACAUAGGAAAUUAAGACUGUGAGUCCCUCAAACCUAUUAGAGGCUGAUGAGCAUGGGCUGAUCUGAAGGUACAUAAUCUUAUAAUUGGGGGGACAAUUUAUUCCAAGGACUAUCAGUCUCUUCAUCAGGAAUGUCUGCUCCUUACCUGGCUCUUGAAAUCAAAUGUAACACAGAUGACUUUAACGGGCAGACCCUAGUAAAUGUUGAUUGCUAUGAAAACAUGAGAGGAAGAGGUCAUUUUCGAGGUGACUGAUUUACUGCAAGCAGAUUUGUAUACUUCAGAACAUGGAUAGCAGGUGCUUUAUACGAUCAAAAAAUGAGGGCAGUGUCCUGUGUUUAAAGCUUCUAAAUUAAUAAAGCAACCCGCACCCCAGUUGUCCCAGUUGCUCAAUAAAGCAUAUUACACCUUAAAGUUACUUUUUAGGGGUGCCUGGGUGGCACAUCAGUUAAGCGUCUGCCUUCAGGGCGUGAUCCUGGCGUUGUGGGAUCGAGCCCCACAUCAGGCUCUUCCGCUAUGAGCCUGCUUCUUCCUCUCCCACUCCCCCUGCUUAUGUUCCCU